UUUCAACACCAUACUACUCUCUGUCAACUUUUGACAGAUCCCUCAGCUUCUCUCCAUCGGCUGUCUUGUGCGGGGAGCUCCACGAUGGAGCUCGACCUCAUAGUUCAUAGAUAUUGCAUCUGAUUGCACGACGUCUAAUCAUACUGAUUGGCUACCUGGGCAGUGAUUCGUACCUGCUCUGAAAGCCUAUAGUUGGGCAUUUUACUACCGUUUACGCCUCUACGAGUAUAGGAUUGGCGAAGAAAACCCUUGCGUGGGGUACUUUUAGUACUGGUGUAGGGAAUGAAGUAUCCAGGGUUCGACCCCGCCGUAGUAAUUAUAGGGUGCCGGCGCGACCACAUUCUUCUAACUUUUAAACAAGUAGAAUUAUGUUAUAGCAUCCGCUACUUUGAAUUGAAUUGGCGGGGUCGAGGUAAUCCCUGGUCGCUGGGACAGACUGGCGUAUAUCAGAGAUGCCACUCCACGACGCAAUCCACGUGGCUCGUGCUGAACUAUUCGGACUACAUGAAUCAGCGGAUAGAAGCUGCACUUAAGGAAGAGAAGAACUCAGCUCGAGAGUCUUGCAAAGCGAUGCAACUCUUUACCUCUCAUCUCUUUAUUAUUUCUUCAGCGACUAGAAACUGGCGAUCGUAUAUCGAGAGUCUGCGCCAGAAGCUUUCUCGAUAUGAGACGAAAGUAUAUUCAUCGCGUAUCGAUGAGACGUACUUAGAUGACUAUAAAAUGGUUUUUGCAGAUGUACAGGAAGCCGCAGCUCUCAGCGACAAAGUGGCUGUAGCGACAGCUGUUAUCAUCAAGCAAAAAGACGUGCUUGCCAAAUAUACCGACUUACACUCCGGCCUUCAUGGAACAGAAUCUCCAACAAGUCAAUGCGACAUUGAAAAUACACUGGCGAAAAUAAGAACAGAUCUCCAACAUCAUCAUGGAGAAUUGGUAGCAUUGGCGCGGGCAGGAUCGAUGACUACUCAAUUGGUAAGGUAUAACAAGGGCAGAUAAACUGGGCUUGGAACUGAGGAUUCUGAUUACAAUGAUCUACUAGGGCUGCAG